AUGGUGAAUUUCAGAGACGAAACAAGCAGCGGAAGUCCUAACCCUAGUUAUGGUACAAAUCCUUUUCCUACGGUCAAUGAACCUCAAGUUACUCAUCAACAACCAGGUUCAGUCAAAAGAAAGUAUAACAACGAUCCGUUAGUGAUUCAUCCAGUAGAUCAUCCAGGUUUGACUCUAACUACAGCGGUUUUAACUAGAGAAACCUAUUUUGGUUGGUGUUUGAGUAUUCAACUUGCUUUACCGGCUAAGAUUAAAAUUGGAUUUAUUGAUGGAACGUUUCCGAGGCCAAUUGAUCAAGAAGAUGGAAGACAAUGGGGAAUUGUUGACUCAAUGGUUCGAGCGUGGAUAAUGAACACCAUAGAUAUUAGACUACAAAGAAGAUUUCAAUCGACUAAAACCAGUCGUGAUCUGUGGUUGGAAGUGAAGUCUAGAUAUGAAGGAAAUAACGGUCCAAGAAGAUAUUAUUUGCAGAAGGACAUUGUUAUUUUACAGCAAGGAAGAAAUGAUCUAGAGGAAUACUACUCCAAGGUUAGACUUCUUUGGGAUGAAAUGUUUAGUUUGAAGCCAGUAAGGAGAUGCAGGUGUGGAGGAACUAAAACCGAUUGUGAUGGAUGUUUUCUUGAAACUGAAAUGCUUCAAGACGACGAAGAAAACAAGUUGUUACAAUUCUUGAUGGGACUUAAUGAUCAUUAUGAUUAUGUCAAAGACCAGAUUCUAAUGCAAGAAUCGUGGCCAGCUGUGUAUAAAGCAUUUACAAUGCUGCAGAAUGUGGAAAAGAAUAACUAUUCUAGAAGUGUUCAACAAGAUAGCUCUAUGUACGUCAGGGAAGGAAAUGAUAGGAGGAACUAUCUGGACAAAUCUAAGUCCAAGAACUCAAUAUGCAAUCACUGUGGAGGAAAAGGUCAUCUCAAAGAAAAACUGUUUCAAACUAGUCGGUUACCCGGACUGGUGGAAACAACCAAAAGAAAGACAGAAUGA